AGGAAGCAGAGCGUGCGCCGCCAAUCAACCACAAAACAGGCAGCGCCGCCGUCAAGAGGCAGCCCACGACACCCCAAGCGAUGGCCGACGGCGCGCUCAUGGCGGCCCCGAGCCCGCCCCAUCAAAGCACGACGCCCGAGCAAGCAACACACAAGACAGCGGUACCGCCGACGCCGUCCCGCCUCAAGUGGUUCGGCAGCCAGAUCACCGAAGACAAUUUGAAUGUGGACUACGUGUCCAACUCGCUGAGGGAAGAAGACCGGAAACCGGAAAUCUCACAAAGACCGCGGCCGCAGCCGUUGUCGAAAUUAACCUCCUGGCUCGGCUGGUCCCGCUCGACCAUCAACGACGACGAGUCGUCGCAGUCCUCGCCGAAACGAAGUGCCUCCCCAUCCUUCUUCAAGAGCUUCCGGCGGUCGCAGUCGCCGACCCAUGAUGAUACGAGUGAUAAGUCGUCGAACACGCAUGGCAGCCAGCAGGACCUGGAGCUCUUGGCAGCUCAAGAAGCCGCCCUCGAAAAGGCGGGCGGCGCUGCUGUCGAGCAAGGUCAUAAACUGCAGCACUACUGUCGCGGGCCGCGGCCCGACGCUUGUAGAAGUGACAGAGGCAAGUUGGACUGGUACGACUUCCUGGCCGAUACGGAGCUGUGCACGAUGCACUUCGACGCUCUUGAAGGUACUGAUGCGAUGAAACUGAACAUUGUUCUCAGAAUACUGGAAAAUUGUAAGGUGCCCUCGACGCUGAAAUUGAGUCCAGCUACCUUAAAAGCGUUCGCCGGCGACGUCUGGCAGGACAUGCACCCGCACCCGUACCACAAUUUUUCUCAUGCUACGGAUGUCGCGCAGAGCUUCUAUUCCAUUUUGAUCGCGACGCGUUUAGUCAAGAGCCUCGAUGCAAUUACCGUCGCUGCUUCGAUACUAGCGGCGCUGUGCCACGAUUUAGAUCAUCCCGGGUACACGAACCAGUACCAGGAGAACGAGCGGACCGAGUUCUGGUUGCGACCUGUGUGUUAUUGAGACCUUCGUCGACCUCCACGCCAUCGAGCAGACACGGCAAUGGGAACAUCGUCGCGUCGAUGGCGUGCAGCCUCCACGCCAUCGAGCAAGUGGGGCGCCCGAAAUUUGAUUCCACACAGGUUGCGCCACAAGGAGUCGUGCCUCGAGAACCACCACUACGAGCGGUUCGAGCGGUUACUGCAAAUACAUAACAUAACAACCUCCUUGGAUCGAAUCAAGUUCCUCGGCAAAAGGAUGAUCCUGGCCACCGACAUGAAGCAGCACGACCGAAUCAUGUCCGAGAUCCGCGAGAAGAUUAGUAAGGGAGACGACCUGUUGGCGGACGACGCUUCUGUUGCGUUACUGUUGGGUCUCAUACUGAAAUGCGCGGACAUCUCGAACCAAGCGCGACCGCGGCACGUCGCCGCGAAGUGGAACGAUAGGGUGUACCAGGAGUUCUAUCGCGAGGGCGACCAAGAUCGGAAGCGAGGUAGACAGGUGCUGAACUUACAUGAUCGACAUAAAAAUGACACGAAUAGUUCCUCAGUAGGAUUUAUUGGGUUUGUUGUGGUGCCGUUGUACAAGCUGUUGGGCAAAGCCAUCCUGGAAGUGGAGAACAAGCACCAAGUCGGCCUGAGGACGCGCAUCGUCGACGAAUGUUUGGUGGUGCUGAACGCUAAUAAAGAACGAUAUGCGAAGAUUGCGAAUGGCGAACAGGUGGACGCUCCACCGGUCCACGUCGUCGAGGAUGUCGAGACGCCGCCGGGCAUCAACGGCGAGCACCAACAAAAUUCGGUAAAGUUCUUCAACUACCGCGCGGGCCAUGCUACACCUCAGGAGGGUGUUGAGGCCCACUUCCGCGCCCGCGAAGGGGGUCGCGAGGACGAGCCUGUGAGGAGGACGCCGUCGCCCAUCGUCGAGAUCGCCGCGCGGAGCGCCGCGUCGAUUCGGUCUUCCUUGAGACUGAUCCGGCCGCCGUCGCGCGAGUCGCUCGUCUUCUUCGCCGAGGAGGCCGCGCGGGCCGAGGCCGAGGCUUCGUAAGGUUGUGGUUUUGUGAUA